AUGUCGACAACUCCGCCUGCGAGAGAGCUUUCGAGGAAGAGGAACUUGGAUGAUACUAACGAUGACCUAUCAGCGAGGUCGGCUCGUUCAAUAAGGUCAAGAGAUCUGUCUUAUAACACUUCGUACUGGGCAUCAACAGGACAGCCGAAUAGAUCACACCACACCAAUGGUGGACCACAUUUUCACCAUCAGAAUCAGAGAGGGGGCUAUGUGAAUCAAGACAACGGGGCGUAUUAUAGGGAUCGUGGUAGAGAGAGAUACGUAUCUGGAGGAUCACAACAGUUUAGGCAAGGAGGACAUCGUCGCAACGACAACUACGAAAGAGGUGGGUAUAAUGAAAGAGAAAGAGAAAGAGAAAGAGAAAGAGAAGGAGAAAGGGAGCGGUAUCCACCACGAAGACAGGUAUAUGAUAACAACCGGGCAGGAUCCAACCAUCAUUUGCCGCCCCCUUUGAAUGCUUCUGCUUCUAAAGCUGAGCCACCAGUGAUGGAGAAAAAGACUAAACUGAUGGUGGAGGAUGAGAUCAAGGAGUUGGAGGCGGUGUUGAAAAAACUUGAAAAUGUGCCUUCAAUAGAUGAUAUCAAGGUUAUUGACUCUAGAUGGGGUAUCAAACCUAAAGGGUUUGAGCAAGUAAGUGCACCAAGAGCCAAGUUGUCGGGAUUAUUUCCCUUACCAGGGUUCCCAAGACCAGUUGACUUUACAAAGUUGGAGGGUUUAAUUAAAGACAGGCUAACAAACAGGAACGAUAUAUUAAACGAAACUUCUAAAAUCGAUCCUGUAGAUUCUCGUGUUGCUAAAACAUUGAUUAUCAAUAACAUAGAAGAGAUUAACUACUUGAAGAUUGUUGAGUUUUUUAAUGACUAUUUGAAAAUGAUAGAUUUUGAACAAGGCUCUACCAAUAACAUACACAGCAAAAGGAAGCUUAAUGAUGAAAAAACAUUGAUUAUUGAAUUCAACAACAGCGAAUGUACAACUAUAAUAUUUGCAUUAAAUGGAACUCAAUUAUUGUUCAAUGCUUAUAAGCGAGAUGACGUCUCCAGGAAAGAAGUGAAUGAAAAGUUUAAGUUACAGAUUAGUCGACCUAAAGAAUAUGUUGUCCAGGAUGAAGGAUUAAACAACAACAACAAUAAUAAUAAUAAUAAUAAUAGUAGUAAUAAGGAAAGGAAGGAAGAGGACGAAGAGGACGAAGAGGUGCUUGAAACAGUUUCGGAAAACCCACGAAAGAUAUCAUUAGUCAUUGCUUCUAGUGCUACUUCAGAUUACGUAAGGGAAGAACUUGUGAAAAAUAUAGCACCUCUACGAGGUAUGCGCUAUUAUAGGCAAAAGGGAACAAAGGAGCCUCUUGGUUUGGUAUUUGUUGAAUUCAAAAGGGAAGUGGAGGAUGUUUUGAGUAAGCUCAAAAACUUACCAUUUGUGGAGAACGCCUCGUUUGCUUGUCUUGGCAGUGCUACUCCAAUCCAGCAAGGUACGAUUGAUUAUUAUACGUUGCCCAAGCUCGUUUGUAAUGAAACAGUUCAACCUCAUAUCAAAUCAAAUGUGAUACAACUAAUUAAUGUGCUAUCGACGAAGGAUUUACUCAAUGAUGGCGAAAUUGCAUUGAUUGCUGAAGAUGUAAGAGACGAAGCAAGUAAAUACGGUAAGGUGGUUUCGAUGAAGAUACCAAGACCUGUGAAUGAUUUAGCACCAGGUUUCCAACAUUUCAAAACGCCAGGUUUAGGAAAAAUCUUUAUUGAGUAUCAGGAAAAAGAGUCUGCUUUUCAAGCAAUAAUGGAGCUUUCUGGAAGACUGUACAAUGACAGAACAGUUUUGGCCACGUAUUUUGAUUGCGAUGAUUAUAGAAAGGGUUUGCUAUAG